AUGCACAGGUUUCUUAGGACAUGGGUGUUUAAUAAGAAAUUUUAUACAUUCGAUAUUUUACGAGUAUCUCCUCGCUUUGCUGUUAUCAAAAACGAACAUUAUUCAACGUUAACAACUGAGAGUGGCGGAACUGUAUUUGCUUUAUCAUCUGGAAUUGGCCGGUGUGGGGUUGCAGUUGUUCGUGUUUCUGGGCCGGCUACUGCUCUUGCGAUCCGAUUGUUGUCAAAACCCACGGCAAGACAGCCUAAGCCGCGAGUAGCAACCCUUACCCGUUUCUAUGACCCAUGCACUCGUCAACAAAUUGAUCAAGGCAUAUUGUUAUGGUUUCCAAAGCCACAGAGUUUCACUGGGGAAGACUGUGCCGAAUUCCAUGUACAUGGAGGCAAUGCUGUGAUCAAAGCUUUUCUCACUGCUUUGGCCAAGAUACCAAAUGUCAGAUUGGCAGAAGCAGGAGAAUUCACUAAACGGGCUUUCUUGAAUGGAAAGUUAGAGCUAACUGAGGUGGAAGGCUUGUCUGAUCUUCUCCAUGCUGAGACAGAAGCACAACAUCAACAGGCACUGAGACAAAUGCAAGGAGAAUUGGGAAAAUUAUAUCAACAAUGGAAACAGGAUUUACUUAAGUGUGCUGCUAAUGUGGAGGCAUACAUUGAUUUCAGUGAGGAUGAUAAUAUUGAAGCUGAUGUCCUUGAUGAAGCUAGAAAUCAAAUUCAAAUCAUCCAGAAUCAAAUUAGGAACCACUUGAAUGAUAAUCGACGUGGGGAAUUACUUAGAGAUGGUGUACAGGUGGCAUUACUUGGAGAACCUAAUGUUGGUAAAAGCAGUCUUCUCAACAUCAUCUGUCAACGUCCAGCUGCUAUUGUAUCAUCCAUAGCUGGUACUACACGAGAUGUGAUUGAGUCUUUUCACAACAUUGGUGGUUACCCAGUUACAUUUUGUGACACUGCAGGUCUGCGACAAACCACAAAUUUGGUUGAACUGGAAGGUGUACGUAGAGCCAUUAAAAGGGGUCUUCAAGCAGAUAUUGUCAUUCUAAUGUUGGAUGCUGUGCAUCAGUGCAAUAAAUUUCUUGAAAGACCAAAAAUGGUGCUUGGUGAUUACAUUUCUGAACAACUAGAAACUCUGAUGGCUACAACAAAUCAAGGAGAAAGUCAGUCUCCAUUGGACAGUGGUCAAAGAAGAAUAAAUCUUAAUGAUGUUGUUGUUGUGUUCAACAAGUUGGACUUGGUUGAUAAAUCUUUGCUGGCUAACUUGCAGAAAAGGCUUUCAUCUCCUGGAACUCCUUCCUGUUGUGCAAUAUCCUGUUUAAACCAAGAUGGGCUCACGCAUUUUCUUGAUACUUUGGUAAAGAAAAUUAAACAAAGAUGUGGAGACCCAUCAGUGGGUAAUCCAAGCCUGACACAGCAGCGGCAUAGGGUCCACUUGACACAAUGUGUUCAUCAUCUAGGGAUGUCUCUUCAUUACUUUAAUCAUGAUGAAGUACUUGUUGCUGAACAACUACGCAGAGCUUUGAGGCAACUUGGAAAAAUUGUUGGACAAUUUGUAAAUGAUGACAUUCUCAAUGUCCUUUUUAAAGACUUUUUUGCGCUUAGAAGAGAGGAGGGGGAAAAAAAAAGAACACCGGAAGUGACGUCAGUCUUGCUGCAAAGCUCGAACAACAUGGCUGGUAAGCACGAACGAAACCCGAUCGUGUUAGAUUAUCACAACACACUUCUUCGUCAGUCAGAUGUUAAUUUACUCGACCAGCCAAAUUGGAUAAAUGACAACAUCAUUGGAUUCGCCUUUGAAUAUUUUGAAAAAGAGCAGUUUGGUCACUGUGCAGAUUUAAUUGGUUUUAUUAGUCCUUCUGUCACUCAAGCAAUCAAACUUUCUUCAGAUGAGGAAAUUUGCAUCUUUCUGGAUCCUCUCAAUCUUCAACAAAAACACUACAUCUUUAUGGCAGUCAAUGAUAACAUGGCUGCCAAUACAUAUGGAGGCACACAUUGGAGUUUGCUUGUCUAUGAUCGCAACAUUGAAGAAUUUCAUCACUUCGAUUCCUUGACACCAUCUAACCAAAAUGUAUCAAUGUGUCUUUCACAGAAGUUAUUCAAUUAUUUCCCUGGCCCUGACAAAUUAUACUUCAAAGAAAGGACAUGUCCACGGCAGGAAAAUGGCUAUGACUGUGGCAUGCAUGUGAUAAGCACAUGUGAACAUCUCAUUCGGGAAUUUGUAGAAGCAUGCAUACUUACACUGGAUGAUGUCAUUUCUUUAGCUAAUAUACAGAAGAAACGACAGAACCUCAAAGACCUUAUUUACCAACUAAAAACCUCAUAA